UAUUGGCAUCAGUCACCUUUGGUAACUACAACAGCUCAACCAGCUCUCACCAGCCACCAACUCCAACUCCAAUCAAGAUGAAAUCCUUCGUGUGCAUCGCCCUCGUUGCCUUCGCCGCCGCCGCUCUGGCCUCUCCCACCAACGUGGCCACUUCCUCCCUCACCGGCACCACCGGCGGAGCCACCGUGGCUCUGACCUCCCAGGACAGCGAGGUGGAGGGAGUCACCGGACAGGGCUAUGGUGAUCUGACCCGUCUGCGCAAGUCUGCCUACGGUGGCAGCGCCGGUGGAUACGGAGGCUCCAGCAUCCAGGCCCCUCCCUGCCCCAAGAACUACCUGUUCAGCUGCCAGCCCAACCUUGCUCCCGUCCCAUGCAGCGCUCCUGCUCCCAGCUACGGAUCCGCCGGCGCCUACUCCUCCCCGGUGGCCACCUACGUUGCACCCAACUACGGCAUCCCCCAGCACCAGCAGCAGAUCUACAGCGCCGCCUACGUUCCCCAGGCCUAUGGCUACCAGUACUAAGGAUAAGUCCUUCUGCCGCACCAGCCAUUUGAUCGUCGACCAUGCUAAGAACAAAAUAAUUUGACCCUUAAAAAAUACAAAAAAAUAUAUUUGCAUAAUAAAAAGCAAAAA